AUGGAAGGAGGAGAUUCAUUUUUAUCAUGUGCAGUGACUUUAGAAUGGAUGACACAAGGAUCUAUUACGCGAAAAGUAAAUUACAAGACUGCUUCGCUUCGGUUAAUACGAAACGAAUUUCGAGAGAUGUUUAUGGAGAUAACAAGUGAGAAACAUGCUGCUAUUAGGUUUGCUUUGAAGAGUGUAAAUGUUUUUAAAAAGUUCAUGGUUGAAGGUAAGGCCAGCAUAAAGUUUCAAGAAGCUGGUUGCACUUUGUUUAUAUCCAAUGCGCCGCCUACUAACCUCGUGGGUUUUUUGCGAACAAUAUUCGUUAAAAUGACUGGAGACAAAGAUCAAGGCAGUAACACAACACCUGCAAAGCAGACGAUGCGGUCUAAAUUGUUAAGUAAUAAAGCUCAAGCCUUUGAGGAAAUAAGUCCAGUUACUGUGGCGGAUAUCCAUAAUGCUAAGAAGAAAAUCCCUAAAUCUACGUUGACAACUCCUUCGCCGCCGGCAAAGAAACGUAAAAAUGAGGAUAGUGUGAAAGGUCCUGCUCCAAAGAAGUUGUAUUCUCCGUCACCAUUGACUAACACUUGUUCUCUGAACCCUGAGCAGCAGAGAGUAUUGGAUGCUUGUCUUGGGGGGAAGAACAUAUUCUUUACUGGCUCUGCAGGAACAGGCAAGAGCUUUCUAUUGAAGAGAAUUGUGACUGCCUUGCCACCAGAUGUCACUGUUGCUACUGCUUCUACUGGUGUUGCUGCUUGCCAUGUUGGCGGGACAACUCUUCAUGCAUUUGCUGGUAUAGGAGAUGGUAGUGGAACCUUGGAACAUCUCUGUGAGAGAGCCAUGAAACUACCGCUGGUGGCACAGAAGUGGAGGAAAUGUAAACACCUCAUUAUUGAUGAAAUAUCCAUGGUUGAUGGUAGUUUCUUUGAGAAAUUGGAGGCUGUGGCAAGGCAUGUAAGGAAAAAUGACAAACCAUUUGGUGGAAUCCAGCUUAUAUUAUGUGGUGACUUCCUGCAGUUACCACCAGUAGUGGAUAAAGGCAAGAAUGGGAAGAGAUUCUGCUUCCAGUCACCUUGCUGGGAUAAAUGUAUUCAACUGUGUUUUGAACUUAAACAAGUUCAUAGACAGAAAGACUCAGAAUUUAUUUCUAUCCUUAACAGCAUUAGGAUCGGUAGAGUUACUAAAGAAAUUAGUGACCGUCUUGUUGGGACAUCUCGACAGAAGAUUGAGAGUGAUGGCAUUCUAGCUACAAGGUUGUGCUCACAUACAAAUGACUCAAAAAUGAUAAAUGAUUCCAAGCUUAGUGACUUGGAUGGUGAAGAGAAAAUAUUUACCUCCCAAGACAGUGAUAAUGCCACCAAACUACUUGACAUGCAAACUAUUGCUCCCUCAAAAUUGUUACUUAAAGUGGGGGCUCAAGUGAUGCUUUUAAAAAAUGUUAAUGUUAAUGCUGGUCUAGUGAAUGGGGCUAGAGGUGUUGUUGUAAGGUUUGAGGAAGGGUUUCCAGUCGUGAGGUUUAAAAAUAAAAAGGAAUACACAGCAAGAACUGAGCGUUGGUAUGUUAAAAAUUCGAAUGGAUCAUUGCUGUGUCGACGACAAGUGCCUUUGAAUCUUGCGUGGGCAUUCUCUAUACAUAAAUCUCAAGGUUUGACUCUAGAUUGUGUAGAAAUGUCUUUAUCUAAAAUAUUUGAGGCUGGCCAAGCAUAUGUGGCCUUAAGUAGAGCACAAAGUCUAGAUACCCUGAGAGUCCUAGAUUUCGAUUCACGCCAUGUUUGGGCCGAUCCUAACGUGCUAGAAUUCUACCAAAGGUUUAGACGACGUUUGCAACAAAUGGAAGUAAUUCCUCUUGGUAGACCUUUGUCUGAUAAAACAAACAAGAAAUUAAAAUUGAGGGAAAUAUUAGAAAAACAGAUGAAACAAAGAUAG